UGCCAUGGAAGCUGAAGAAACAAUGGAAUGCAUCCAAGAGUUCCCCGAACAUUAUAAAGUUAUUUUGGAUAGACUGAACGAACAACGUGAACAGGACCAGUUUACAGAUAUCACUCUGAUUGUAGAUGGUCAGCUGUCAAACUGGACUGCUUAAUAAAUAAAUAAAUAAACCAUCCUGGUUCUGUACAGGUCUGCAAGUUGCAUGCAGACUUCCUUCUUUCCUUCCGAAACCUUGGAGUGAACAGAAUGGUUAACUGCCUCCAGCAGUGGUUAAUAAGAGUGCUUCUGCUUUCCCAAACAAUGGGCUAAGUAUUUUCAGAAAGAAGUCCACUUUGAAACUGCUGUACUAUAUUUAAGAUGUUGUCUAAGUAUUUCCAAAACAUUGUUAAAAUAUUUCUCCCUAACUUGAGCCAACUGCUUGCAUGUAGAGAACUUGUAGGAACUUUUGCGCUUGCCCCUUGAAACAAGAUUGCCUAUUUGCUUCUCUGGUAUCUGCCCGCUAUUGUAAUGUAGAAUUAAAAUAAGGUACAAGAAUUCAACUUUCUAUGUGUUCUAAAGACAUAAAUAUAAGCUUAAUAAGCACUUGCAUCUUCUGUCUCCUUUUAUUUCAUAAGAAAAUGAGGUGUUUAAUAUAUCACAUAAGGCUAUUUCUUAUCUUAUCCUGAAGAUGUCUUAGAAUGGAUGAGCCCCUCAAGGGAUGAUGGGCAGCAUCCACCAGGACAGAUCUAGCUGGAGUAAACCCAGUUGAACUCCCUUGGGGGGGAAAGGCCCUGGAUUAGAAAAAGGGAAACAAACUGGGAAAAGAUUACUUUUCUGGAAUCUAUCACCAUAGUUUCACUAGCAGUGCUUGCUCAGAACUUUCCUGGCUCCUGCUCUAGCAUUAACGAAUCUUUUGUGGUGAGCAAAACUAUUUUCUUGUGCAGCUGUGUAGUUCUAAUCGAGGUUGUUUCUCAUAUCUCUUUCCUGUGGAGUGUUACGAAUGUUCGUGUCUGUGCCCAGGAGAAGGCCGGUGAUGGGGAAUGCCCAACCUGGAAAACAGGAAGGACAGCAGAACUACAAGGGUGUCUAUGCUGACUGAAGUGGUGCUGAAAUGUAGUGGUCUGUAAGCGCAGUAGAAACAGAGGACAACUUGGAUAAAACCUGAGAGCUGAGCCUAAAACAUAGCAAGGGGGAAAAGUUCUCACAGAAAUUGCCCACAACUUAAAUAUCUGAAAGAGAGGGACUCUGCAGUGAAUUAGUCUUCCAGCUGAUUGAGUUGCAGAGCUUCAGCAAGGUCACCAUUUCAAAGCUCACAAGGCAGUUCUUGCUGCCUGUAGCCAGUUCUUCUACAAAUUCUUCCAAGACUUCACUCAGGAGCCUUUGGUGGAGAUAGAAGGCGUAAGUAAUAUGGCAUUUCGUCACCUAAUUGAGUUCACCUACACAGCAAAACUAAUGGUCCAAGGUGAGGAAGAGGCAAAUGAUGUUUGGAAAGCAGCAGAGUAUCUACAGAUGUUAGAAGCAAUCAAAGCACUUGAAAUCAGGAGGAGGAAGAGAGCUGGAGUUUUUAAGCCCAGAAAAUUGAAGAAAUUGACUCUCUCCUCAUCCCAGUAUGAAGGUUUUUCUCAUCUCAGCAGUCAGCUGUGUACUUUCCUGAAGAACAAAGAAAAUUCAUCACCCUUAGAAUCAAAUCAAACGCAAGGUAAAAAUAAACCGAAAAAGAGGAAGAUAGCUGAAACCUCUAAUGUUAUCACAGAAACAUUGCCAUCUGCAGAAUCGGAGCCUGUUGAAAUUGAGGUUGAGAUUGCUGAAGGGACAAUUGAAGUGGAAGAUGACAGCAUUGAAGCACUUGAAGAAGUGGCUUCUGCAGAGCAAUCCAUAAAGUACAUACAGACUACUGGUACAUCAGAUGAAUCAGCUUUGGCUCUUUUGGCAGAUAUCACCAGCAAGUAUCGUCAGGGAGAGAGAAAAUGCCAGAUCCAAGAAGAAGGUGACAGUGCAACUGAUCCCUCGUGCAAACAGGUAGAAGGUAUUGAAAUUGUGGAACUUCAGCUGUCACACGUGAACAAUUUAUUCCGCUGUGAGAAAUGUAACCGUUCGUUUAAAUUGUUUUACCAUUUUAAGGAACACAUGAAAACACACUCUACUGAGAGUUACAAGUGUGACAUAUGCAAUAAAAGGUACCUACGAGAGAGUGCUUUGAAACAGCACCUCACCUGUUACCACCUUGAUGAAGGUGGCGCCAGCAAGAAGCAAAGACCUGGCAAAAAAAUACAUGUAUGCCAGUACUGUGAUAAACAGUUUGACCAUUUUGGACACUUUAAAGAGCACCUUCGGAAGCACACAGGUGAGAAACCAUUUGAAUGUCCAAACUGCCACGAACGUUUUGCUAGGAAUAGCACACUCAAAUGUCACUUGACAGCCUGUCAGUCUGGAGCUGGAGCUAAAAAGGGAAGAAAGAAGCUGUAUGAAUGUCAGCCCAGAACACUAGCAUGGACAAGACUCUUGAGCCUGUUUCUUUACCCCAAGCACAACUCUGUGCCACUUCUUUGUCUCUUCCAUCCUGGCACCUCAUCCAUGUCUGCAGUGUCCUUUUGUAUCAUUUUCAAGGUGUGUAACAGUGUGUUCAACAGCUGGGAUCAAUUUAAAGAUCACUUGGUAAUACACACAGGUGACAAACCCAACCACUGUACCUUAUGUGAUUUGUGGUUCAUGCAAGGCAGUGAGCUGAGAAGGCACCUCAAAGACAUACACAAUAUUUCAGAACGAAUAGUGACGGAAGAAGUUCUUCCAGUGGAAGCUGUGGAAGCAGAACCAGUAACGUCAAUGACUAUAAUAGAACAAGUGGAGCAAGUCCAUGUGCUACCAGUAAUUCAGGUACAAGUGGAUCCUGCACAAGUAACUGUGGAACAGAUGCACCAGGAUCUCAUACAAGACAAUCAAGUGAAAGGCACACAGAUAGAUGAACUGCAAGAACAGGUACAAAUUAGUUACUUGGAAGUUGAACACAUUCAGACUGAACAAGGUGCUGAGGUUCAUGUGGAGCAGUUACAUGUUGAGCAUGUAAAUCAAAUACAAAUGGAAGAAGUACAGGCAGAACUUAUAGAUGGAACAGACCUUGAACAAGUAGAAUAUGAAAAUGUUGAUCAAGGAGAAACAGAAGAAAAGGAACCUAGUCCAGUAGAAGAUGCAGAUAAGGAAGAUCAUGAACACGCUGAAGACUUAAAAACUCAGCAAUUAGUAGACACACAGAAUGAAAAGGUGGAUGACUAGGACAAAUAACCACACUGCGCAGAUUUAGGAAUGAAAUACCAAAUUAUUUUUGUUAACUUCUACAUUGGUUUUUGCACCGUCAGUGAUCAGCUUUCCAAUAUGUUGUCCUUAGGAAGCUGGAGAAGUGGACCAAAGUUAUUUUUCUUCAUGUACAACUAAAUAUCUCUUAUACAUGAGAAAUAGCUUUCCCAUUCACAUAGUACCAAGGAACAGAAACUACCACAGAGAUGAAUAGCUUUGUGAGGAUUUUAACAAUGAAUUGCCUGUAUCACUGUUCUACCAUGCCAAGGUAUAUAUAAAAGUAAUUUGACCUCUUUUCCUCUUGCCAUAGAAUCGAGCUCUUGUUACAGAUCUGCAGGGUGUCUGCAGCAGAAGAAUUAGUUAAAAUCUGGUGGGUUCUAAUGUAAAUGGCCAAUUGGAUACCUUUGAAUUUUCUAGGCAAACUGUUUGCCAUCCAACAGCAGUGCUGUGUCCUAAGAGAAUCCUUGCUUUCUCUUAAUCUGAGGAGCUUUCUGUCAACCUGGUACUUCUGAACUUUCAGGCUGGGGAGAAAUCAUGGAGGUCUUGGAGCACAAAAAUCCUGUGCCUUUUCAACACUGACUGAUUAAACUUCCACAAAGCUCCUAGAGUGUUCAAGAACCUAGUGCGGUUAAAGGCAAUGUAGGUAAUGUUAUAGUGCUUUAUAUUUUUGCUUAAAAUUGUCAGCAACUGAUUUUUUGCAUUCAAUUUAGAUUGGGGGAGGGGGUUGAGGGAGAAAGUGGAUUCCACAUGGAGGCAGUGGGACACUUUAAAAGGGACACUUUAAAAUAGGAAAAGCCCAGUAGGAUCUGUGGUAAACAUGAGCUGGAAGAAAGCAUCCUACUACCAGACUCCUCUUUUAUAAAUUUUUCAUUUUUAAAAAUGACUAUGUUUAAACAUAGAGAAAGACUUGUCUAUAUGGUAUCAGGUUCCUGGGGUUUUUUGAAAUGAAAUUCUGACACUUGACACAAAGAUGUUGUGCUAAAAAUAAACUUAAAAGCCAUAGGUAUGAGUGUUAAACUGUGGAUUAAAAAGUAGGAGUGUAAAUAUUUUAAUCAAUAUUAGACAACAAAACAAUACCAACCAUGAAAUGUUGCAUUAUUUCCUUCAUCCAAUAAGUUAGGAAACAAUUGAGUGAGGAGAUGACUGUUUUACAGAGCAAUUACAGUGCCAGGUCCAAGUGUUAGGAAUCAAUCUCAUUCUGAUAAGAUAAUAGUUCAUUACUGUAAAAUUACAUUUGUUUAGUAAAUACUGAUCUGGCUGUAUUUUUCAAGAUGCUCAGAACUUCUCAUUUUCAAUUAUUGCCUUGAGAUUAGAGGUGUUUCAUAUAUCUCAAACUUCUUUCCCUUAACUGAAGGGGUAAAAUUAUGCAAGAGUUCUCUAAUGCUCUGAGUAAUCCUAUAGAUCUUAAUUAAGAUUUAUAUUCUUAAUUAAGAAGUGUCAGUCUUCUCCAAGCGCAGAUUUCCUCAGACUUGUUCAAAUGUUUUUAUGUAGUCUCACUCAAAAUGAUUCUUGUGUUUUGUCAUACCAUCUGAGAAACUGUUGCACAACAAACAUGGAUCUUGAUUAAAAUUGAAACAAUUUGAUUAAUAUAACUUGGAUUCUUUCUUUUUAUGAUGCUUUAAACUUUGUUUUUUCUAAAAUGCAAAAAAUGUGAUGAGAUUUUGAGCAGAGGGGAGAAUGUGGCCCAGUGUUAAUAAUGAAAGUAAAAGCUGGCAUUUGUAUUUAUACAUGGCUUCUGAUAAAUCAUCGCACCCAGUUUAAGUUUUUAAUCAUUUAAAAACAUCAUCUUAAAUAAGCAGUUUACAUUUUUGAUGGAAUUUAUUUAGGUGGAUUGAUUUCUGUUAGCUCCUGCUCCAUUCUUUGGUAACAAGCAGGGGACAACAGCCUGCUUAGUUAGCUGCACAACUGAUUUUUCUUUUAGGCAGUUUUAAAGCUAUGCGUAUAAAUACAAGAUCUGUAUCUGUGGAAUUAAAUGAACAGAAUGGCCGGGUGUCUAACCAAUGGAACUAAAACAUAGAUAAUUAAAGGUCCCAGAUGAA